AUGACUGCAACGCCUAGUGCCAGUACUGCGUCCAGAAUGGAGACAUUGACGGAGUUGACCACAGAGUUGACUACUUCAACCCUGCCUAAUGGCCAAUUGACGACUAUACCUACACACACUGGGACCGUGACUGUCAUCACUCCAUUACCUACCGGAAAGAUUGAACCGAAUCCAAUUCUGCGAAACAAAGCUGCUAUCAUCGGAGUCAUUGUCGCUGGCGUCCUCAUCGUUGUCGGUGGUAUCUUAGUCCUCUUCUAUGCAAUACGGAACCGCAGACGGCGUGUUCUUAGACGCACUAGAUCUCCAGACACUAAUCAUACAGAAUGUUCUGGCCGUGUGCUUAUUCAAGGGCGUUCGCCAAGCCUUACUUCCCGCCCGUUGACUGCUCAGGAAUGGCAGCCUCCCCUGGUUUCGGAGGUAGUAGAAGAUGAAAGAGAGGAUGAGGAUGAGCAGUUUUAUAAUGGACAGUAUCAAGGUCCGGUGACUUUACCUGUGGUGCAAAGGGAGGAUUAUGGCAGUAUCAUGGCUGCUGUUCAUAGUUAUGCAGCAGUGGGCAAUGAUGACCCGUCAAGGUCAUCCUCGGUCUUGCCACGUCAUCAAGCAGACGAUGAAAAAGAACAAAUCGCUAGCCCAGUAAAGCAUUUAAUAUCAUUUGAAGAAGCUGAAUCAAACACUACGAGGGCAGUCAGCCAGGCUAGCGAAGCUUACCAUGGAUGGGUGCAAGCAGACAUAUCAACUCCAGACCCCUUCGCAGAUCCGGAAUCUGAAUCGCACUUCAGCCUGAUCUCACCUGAUACGCUAUCGAAGUAUAGACCCCUCUCUCAGUUUGGCGCUUCCUCGUCUCUAAUCUUUUCGCCUCUGUCGUCUCCGAAACUGUUUGAUCCUGGUGUCAACUCCGGGGAGCCUAAUAGGCUACGCGGAGGAGGCAAUUCCACUCCAGGCUCAGCAGGUAUUGCGGUAGAUCCCGAACCCUUCUUUGAUCCAUAUACCUCUCAUACCCCUUUCACCGACUUUGACCUUCCUUCACGACCGUCUUCCCUCCUAAACCCACCUAUACGGCCCAAGUUCACCGGGACUUUGACAGACCUUGCAUUCUCGUCCGGACCUCCGGUUCUCCCGCCGAUAACGCCUGUAGCGUCUCCUGGAGAGUCAAUAGACUCGUAUCAUCCCGAUGGGUUGCUUAACCCUGCCUUGCUGGAAUCAAGGUCAUCGGAGAGUACGGAAAGAGCGGGAGGGGGGGCAUCAUCGGAAAGUUUGGUUGAUUACGUCGACUAUACGAGACCUAUCAGCUCGAUAAUGUUCCAUCGGCCUCCUACUUUAGUGUCACAUAUGAAUAGUUUCGUCGAAGAAGUGCAGGAGGUGGAAAAUGCACGCGACUACAUGCCUGGUUCUCCUGCCGUUCGGGCGUACCACGACAAACUCCUCGGCUUCAAACAGAAUUCUUGAAUAAUGCAUACUGGAUCCCUCCUAAUCAACGAUACUAACUAGACCGGGAACCGUCCUCUUUGAUCUUUGAGGGCAAAACCCAGCGUCGGACUUGGUCUCUAAAAUAGGCACUAAUGAUACUAUGGACUUUUUGGAUCGACCACUUGACUUGCGUUAAACACAAACUACAAAUACUUACAUACUGUAUAAUGUCGCCCAUACCCUUCUCACUUCAUAUCAUCAAGUAUUUCGAGUUUCUGUAUUUUGUUUUUUGAUUUCACCUUCUGAUAACUAAUCGCACUUCCCUUAACUUUCAGUGUAAAUAUAUAAACAUACAUACUUGCCUCUUUAUGAUUUUCACGUGC